GACCUGGUUCUAGAUUUAUAUUUAAUAUCUCACAACUCAAUUUUACUUUACUUUACUUUGUUUUAUCCACUUUGCUUUGAAAUGACUUCUCAGAGAACCACCUGUUCUCUGGAGUUCUGGAGGAGAACCUGCUGAUCCUGGAGGUGAUCGGUUCCUCGUCGUCUCCGUGUUCUCUGGAGUUCUGGAGGAGAACCUGCUGAUCCUGGAGGUGAUCGGUUCCUCGUCGUCUCCGUGUUCUCUGGGGUUCCUGAGGAGAACCUGCUGAUCCUGGAGGUGAUCGGUUCCUCAUCGUCUCCGUGUUCUCUGGAGUUCUGGAGGAGAACCUGCUGAUCCUGGAGGUGAUCGGUUCCUCAUCGUCUCCGGUUCUCCACUUUGUUUCAAAUCGGGAAUUUAAUUGAGAGGAAAGAAGGCAGAAGAACCCGGAGGAGCAGUUAUUCACUCCUGUUUUACAGACUUUUUCCAGUUUGACUUAUUUUGUAUCAUCUAAAGUCACAUCUUCCUGGAAGACGGAGCAGAUAACUUCAACCUUAAAGAACCCAUGAGGAUCUAGAGGAACACUACAGUAUGAGGCACCAUGGGGAACCGUGAGGUGCAGCCAGGAGAACCUUUUGGAUCCUAAUAGCAGUAUUACUUAAUUAAACAACAACUCUGGAGGAACCUUGAAAAAAACCCGUCUGAGAAGCUCUAGAGGCAUCCACAGGAAACCUGGGGACUGCCGGGAGUCUGGAGGAACCCAGGAGGAGACCCCAAAGAAACCCCAGAAGAACCCUUAAGACUCAUAAGAGGUACUCUGAAGACCCCGAGGAAAUGUGUGGGAUGCACUGAAGAUUCCUGUAGAUCCUUAAAAGAACCUCAUCUGAGAAACUCUAGAGGGACCAUCAAGACCCAGAGGAAAUGUGGGGACUGCUGAGAAUCUGAAAAAAAACCAAGAGGUAUCACUGAAGGGUCCUGAGGAACCCCAGAAGAACCUUAAAGACCCUUAAGACUCCAAGGAAAUCUUGAGGAUUCCUGACAUCUGGAAGAACCCAGGAGGAAAUUGAGUAUCAUAGAAGAACUCUAAGGUAUCUGAAGACUCUUGAGGAAUCUCUGAGGAUCGCUAUACAUCUUAGAAGGACCCUGGGACUCCCCUAAGGAAUCCUAAAGGGACCUACAAGACCCUGGAAACAGUCGGGGGUGGUCUUAGGUCCUUGACUGAAAUAUCUUUACAAAUCCAAGACUGAGGAAAUGAAGAGGCCACUAAGCACUCUGAAGGAACCCUGACCCUAUCAUCUGGGAACGGUUGUAGACCUCGAGGAUACCGAGAGCUAAGUACUUUGAGGAACCCUAUAGGGACCCUCAUGAUCCGAAGGAAAUCUGGCUACCACAGAGGAACUCUAGAGGAACCCUGAGACCACCUCGGGGGGCCCCCCAGAGAACCGAUGGGGACCCUACGGGACCUGCAGUACGCCCUGCAGGAGAAGAUUGAGGAGCUGCGGCAGCGCGACACCUUGAUCGAUGAGCUGGAGCUGGAGCUGGAUCAGAAGGACGAGCUGAUCCAGCGGCUGCAGAACGAACUGGACAAGUACCGGUCCGUGCUCCGGCCCGCCACCGCCCAGCAGGUCCAGGCCCAGCAGCAGAACCUGGUCCUGCAGCCAGACCAGCACCGCAGCAAACGGCAGGCCAUCUCCGCCGAGCCCACCGGCAUCGACAUCAGCGACCUCAGCCACGUCACCCUGCCCUUCUACCCCAAGAGCCCACAGUCCAAGGAGCUGAUAAAGGACGCCAUCCUGGACAACGACUUCAUGAAGAACCUGGAGCUGUCUCAGAUCCAGGAGAUCGUGGACUGCAUGUACCCGGUGGACUACGGGCAGGACGCCUGCAUCAUCAAGGAGGGCGACGUGGGUUCGCUGGUCUACGUCAUGGAAGAGGGGAAGGUGGAGGUGACUAAAGAGGGGAUGAAGUUGUGCACGAUGGGACCGGGCAAAGUGUUCGGAGAGCUGGCGAUCCUCUACAACUGCACCAGGACGGCGACGGUCAUGACUCUGAUCCAUGUGAAGCUGUGGGCGAUCGACCGUCAGUGUUUCCAGACCAUCAUGAUGAGAACUGGACUCAUCAAACACGCCGAGUACAUGGACUUCCUCAAGAGCGUUCCAACCUUCGAAGGUCUCCCAGAGGAAACUCUCAGUAAACUGGCCGACGUCAUGGAGGAGACUCAUUAUGAAGACGGAGAGUUCAUCAUCAGACAGGGCGCCAGAGGAGAUACCUUCUUCAUCAUCAGCAAGGGACAGGUGAACGUCACCCAGGAGGAUCCAGCCAAUGAGGAGCCGACGCACCUCCGAGAGCUCACCAGGGGAGCCUGGUUUGGAGAGAGAGCGCUGCAGGGUGAAGAUGUGAGAACCGCCAACGUCAUCGCUUCCGAUGCCGUCACCUGCCUGGUCAUCGACCGAGACUCGUUCAAGCAUCUGAUCGGAGGACUCGACGACGUUUCUAAUAAAGGAUACGACGACGCUGAAACUAAAGCCAAGUAGGUUUAAUGUUCACACAUUAUUAAACGUAUGAACACAGGAUUAAAUAAUAUUAACGUUCAUCAGCUCCUCACAGACAGUAAAGUCUUAUUUUAAUACGAGCUUCAGUUCUUUCUUUUAGUUCAGUUUCUGUCGUAAUAAGUCCGUUUAUUUAAGUUUUCCUGGAGGAUCAUUCUCAUUUCAUGACCUUCCUGUUGGAGGUUAAUGCAGCAGACUUCAAUUAGAACAAACACAAACACUAAAUUGUAAUUUAAAUAAUUUUUCAAGCAGGAAUUCAAAAAUAUUUCUGAUUCCAUCUUUUAUGUUUUCUACUUUUUUUUCAUCACAAACGACAGAAAACUGAACAUCUUUUAUGAUUUAGUCAAAUUUAACAUUUAAAUUGAGACUUUUUCACUAUUAACUGUCAUUUCUUUAGACACAAAAAGAUGAAUGGAGAACAUAUUUUGUAUUAAAUGAUAAUGAAGAUAAUGUAAAACACAUAAG